AUGCUUCUUCAAGCAGCUUGUGUGUGGCUUAUAGCCUCCUUGCCGUCGGCUACAGCUGGUCCCGUGUCAAGACCAAAGGCCGGGUUUGACUGGUCCUCAACAAAAGCUUUAAUCGCAUUCGGUGACUCCUACACAUAUGUCCAGGGAACCCAAGGACACCAGAAUUUCAGCUUCAUUGGAGAUCAAUUUAAUUUGGCCUACACUAGUGAGACUUUGCUCACCAACAAAAUAGUCCAGAAUCAGACUGCAACGGCAGAAGGCGGUCCGAAUUGGGUUGAAUAUCUCACAAAAUGCGGGAUCAAAGAAGGCCUCACCUCACCUCAAAGCUGCAAGAAGCAACUAUGGGAUUUUGCAUUUGCCGGAGCUGAUAUUUCAACCGAAUAUACACCUCUCCACCACAACUUCACCGUCUCCCUAGUAGACCAAGUCAACCAAUUCAAGCAAUACGGCCAUCCAGCUCUUAAACACACGAUCAAAAGCCAAUCGACUCUCAUUGCGAUCUGGAUUGGCAUCAACGAUAUGAACGACAGCGCUCAAUACGCCGUGGAUUUCCCAACUUUCUACAAGAGCAUUUCAGAUGCCCUGUUCGCUUCUGUCGAGGAUCUUUACGAUCUCGGAUACAAGGAUUAUCUUUUUAUGAAUCUUCCGCCUCUAGAUCGCACCCCCGGAAACCAGGCAAAGGGCUCGCCAAGCCCGAAUGCCACGCAGAUUGAGUGGUAUAACAGUGCACUGGCGGAACAUGCUGCUGCGUUUGCUGGAAAACACAAAGAUGCUGAGGUCAUGCUCUUUGAUGCGCAUGCCCGACUUGAGGCUAUUCUGGAUGAGCCUGGUAAGUACGGCAUUGUGAAUACGACGAACUUUUGCCCUGGAUAUGACCAGCCGGAUAUUGCGGUGAACUAUGAGAAUUAUGGAUGUCCGACGCCGCUGGAUGGAUACUUCUGGUUCAAUUCGGGUCAUAUGACGAGCCAUGUGCAUCAGGUUCUGGCGGAAGAGGUAGAGAACUGGUUGCGGAGAUAA